AUGAGCUCUAAAACGCAACACAUUAUCUCCACAAAAGCGUAUCAAAAAAUCAUUUUACACGCUGUAAAACAUCCGUUUACCACUGUAAAUGGAGUACUGUUGGGUAAAUAUAGUGCUGGAAAUAGUGAAGAGGUAACAGUGACUGAUGCUAUUCCGUUGUUUCAUCAUUGGACUACUUUGACCCCGAUGCUUGAAGUUGGAUUGCAACAGGUGGAUAUAUACGCGGCACACCAUAAAAUUCGUAUAGUUGGCUAUUACCAUGCAAAUGAAAAUAUCAAUGAUAAAUCAUUACCAGCGUUUGGCUCAAAAAUUGUUUCGAAAAUUCGCGAAAGUUUUACGGAUGCUAUUGCUCUAAUUAUUCAAAAUACAAAACUAUCAUUAGAUUCUCCUGAAGUUGCAAUACUGGUAACUCUCUCGAUACUAUUAUUUGAUUUUCUUAAUUCUUCACCCGCGGAAUAA